UUUUUCUUGUCAUUCAUGCACUUUUCUUGACGAGCAAGUUCAUGGUGCGCAGGAGCAGAUUGGUUUUUUAAAUUUCUGGGAUCGAUUUCCUCCAUGUUUUUCUCCUGCACUAUUAAUUAAUCCUGCGCCGUUUGGACGUACACAAUUUUCUUUUAAAAUUUUCGGAAGCUUUGGGUGCGAUAGGGACGGAGACACUGCACAGACUGCAGAAAGAAGUAGGGAAAUUUAAGUUUAAAUCGCCAUUGCUUGCGUAGGGCUUUCAAAUCUGCGCCGAUCUUGAUUUUCCCUUUUCUUUUCACACUUUCCCAUCUUAUUCACACUUUCCAAACACGCUUUAACGCAAGGAAAAGAGUCUCUGUGCAAUCUGCUGCUCCUAUAAAUAAGCACGGAACAUAAGAGCAGCGAUAAGAAUUCGAUGCACAGUACGGUUCAUCUUCCUUCCGCCAUGGAACCAAAAAUCGCAGAAGAAGAUGCUCUUUCGCCAUUGGAGGAUUUCUACAUCAGAGAAGAAGAAGACGAAGGAGGGGAGAAGGCGAGGAAGCCAUUGGCGAAAUUGGAAGAGGUGGAGGAGAUAUUAGGGUACGAAUUCAAGGAGAAGAAAUUGUUGGAAGAAGCAUUCACGCACGCGUCGUUUGGGGGGAAGUCGGCGUCGUACGAGCGGCUGGAAUACGUAGGAGAUUCGGUGCUGAACCUUCUGAUAACAAGAGAGCAGUUCAGCGCGUACCCGGAUCUGCCGCCGGGCGCCCUCACGCGCCUCCGCGCAGCCAAUGUCGACACCGAGAAGCUCGCCCGCGUCGCCGUCAAACUCGGCCUCCAUCUUUACUUGAGACACAAGAAACCCCUCCUUGAGAGUCAAAUUCAGGAAUUUACAUGUGCGAUUUUGGAUUAUCCAUUACACUCCAAUGGGCUAGUGGAUGCACCCAAAGUCUUGGCCGACAUCGUUGAAUCGACUAUAGGAGCUGUAUUUAUUGACAGCAACAAUUCCGUUGACACUGUCUGGAUGGUGUUCAAGGAUCUAUUGGAGCCUGUGAUUAGUCCAGAAACGCUGAGAUUGCAUCCGAGAUCAGAGCUGUUUGAGGUGUGCCAGAAGAAGGGGUUGCAUGUGCAGUUUGUAGAUCUAUGGAAGGAACGCACAACAUUUGAAGUUUUCAUAGACAAGCAGUUUGUGGGCAGAGGAUCCUAUGGUCUCAAGAAGGAAAUUGCACAAAAUAGGGCAGCCAAGGUUGCACUUGAAAACAUGGACAAGAUUCUUGCGGAUGAAAAGGAAACCCAUGAGAAUCACAGUGCUACAGCGAAUGAUGUUGAGAACCAAUUUCUUCAAAAGGACUCUCACCCUGGCUCUUGCUCUACGUUGGGUGACAUUGAAGAGCAAGUUGUUGUUGAGGAAUGCGCUGUCAAAGAGUAUGGGAUUUUUGGUGAUCAUGGUUUUAGAAUUGGUGUAGACCAGAAAUUUUUGUUUUGAGCAUAAGCAUGUUGAUAUAGUGAUUGGCUGAGUUUAGAUUUAGGGGACAUUUGAUGAAAUAAAAUAUGAAAUAUGAAAUAUUGAUGCA